AAUUUAUAAAAAUAAAAUUCAUAAAUGGAAAAACUUUCGAUCUCAGGCACUGGCUUAGCAAAGCCAAGGACAAAGUGUGCAGGCCAUGGAGGUUGCACCUCCAGCAUUGCUUCCAAAAAGUUGAAACCUAAGGGGAAGAAAGUAUCUUCUGGUAUUUUCAGGGCCAAAUCUAUUAAAAAUGGAACAAUUUUCAAGAAAUAUUACGAUAGAAGAGAUUUGCCACUAAAGAUUAUCUUCAAGAAUGAAAAUAGGAAUAUAGAAUGGAAGGCUGAUAUCGAACUAAUCGAUUUCAACUGCUACCUGCCUAUCUUCUUCCAUGGUCUGAGGGAAAGAGAGGAGCCAUAUAAGUACCUUGUGGAUAAAGGCCUGGAUGAUCUCUUGACCUUCGGGAAAGACAAGAUUCUACCAGUCUUGCCUCAGCUUAUUAUCCCUAUAAAGGCUGCCCUGAGCACCAAAAAUCACGAUGUCGUGUGUCUGACUCUGAAGAAACUCAAGAAACUUGUACUGGCUGGAGAAAUGAUUGGGGAAAGCUUGGUUCCUUAUUACAGACAAAUUUUGCCAAUUUUCAACCUUCUAAGACACAGGAACAAGAACACAGGUGAUAAAAUUGAUUAUGGGCAGAGAAAUGAUGAUAACAUGGGAGACCUUAUCCAAGAGACUCUUGAAAUAUUCGAGAAAUUUGGAGGAGAUGACGCUUUCAUCAAUAUCAAGUAUAUGAUUCCAACCUAUGAAUCAUGUAUUUACUAA